CGGAAUAUCUUCUACACUGGUUCUUCUAUAUUUCUUAGUGAUUAGCGAGGCUUUUAUCUUAUCUGCUUCUUUUCUUCCCUUUUUUUUCACCUUUUCGUCUCUCUCUCUCUCCUUCCACCCCACUAAUUCGCUUUCAUGUCCGCUGAAGCAGUUGCAGCAACGACGACGACGAUUACCGAACAGCUUAUAGGCGGCAUUGCAUACCUGACGAGUCUUGAGUACCAGGAGAUCCCAGUGCUCGAUGUGCUACACGCGUUUUUAAUUGCCUACGCAUAUCGGUCCGCUGUUGGAGCGGGACACAACCAAAUUGGAUGGGGUCAAGGCUUGUUAGCCGUGAUUAUAAUGUGUGCAGGGGGAGGCUCUACUGUAGCGAUAUUACGAGGCGAGCCAUUGGGUAUCUUGAAGAGUAAUGCAUUCUGGGGCAUUUACGGACUUGCUUAUUGGUCCAUGUUUUCGAAUUCAUUCGUCUAUCCACUCUUUAACCUUAUCUUCUCAUUACCGUUCGUUGAAGAAGCGUUCACUGUGGCCGACGCAAUCUUGCGUAACGCAGCCAUUGUCAAUUUUGGGGUGCUGGGUGUCAAUUCCACGUUGGGCGAGGACAAGUAUAUUGCCAAAAUCUUAUGCGGCACCCUGGCUGGCUCCGGAGGCGGAUUUUGGAUCGACACGUUCAACUUGACACAUCAUAACUGGUCCUUUUCGACACCACGGUGGUUGCAUGCGGCGACUAUGGAUGUCAAGGCAUCGUUCGCCACGGCUUUGUUCUACAUAUUGGCCACAAACCCAACCUUUGCGGAAUUGACGGGUGGAUGGAAAGUGUUUACGGCCACAGAGGCUGAAGCAUGGAGUGCGGUUGUGCUUUCGGUCGGCUUGAUCUACGGUGGCGUGUCUGCUCGCUGGCAGAGAAAGCGCAGUAAUGAUGCAACGAAAGAGAGAAAGACACAGUAGUAGUAAACGCACUUGGUAGUAGGAAGAAUUGCAGUAUGGACUUGUAAAGUUUCCGAACAUGCUAGAGUAGUGGAGAAAAUUCCUCAUCCAUUCACAUCAUCAUCUACAUCCACUUUCCUCAUCCUCCCUGAUUUAUACACUAAGCUCUGUAUAAUAAACAUCAUUUGUCCAAUUGGCUGCUAGAUAUAUCUCCUUUCUCUCUCUUCUCUCUCUCUCUCUCUCUUUUCCUUUUCUCCUUUUGUGCGUGGACAAGUGGUGUACAUUAUAGUUAAAUAUCCAUGGGCAACAGUGUAUCAAAAAUAAGCUGCACUCAUCGCAGAAGAAAAAAGACGGCGGUGGACAAGACUUGCAUCAGCACCCCCACCGACUUUAGGGUAAAAUGAAGAAAAAAGUCUUACUUGUUAUUUAAAA